AGUCCCCGGAAGUCGUCCUCCUCCUCCGUUGCCUCUGCAAUAGAAUCGUUAAAUUUAAAAACUAGGGCUUGGAAGAAAUUUUUUUUUUUUACCUAAAAUUAACAAGAAGAUGCUGGCGGGUUCGUACCCGAGUCAAAGGAUACUAUCAGAGUCGACCCACCACAGACUCAUCGAAGUCGUGAAAACAGCUCUCAUCAAAAUAUUCGUGUCGCCAUAUGCAACUGUGUGUGAAUUGUAUUGUGGGAAAGUAGCGGAUGAAGACAAGUGGGACGAUGCUCAAAUUGGUCACUACAUCGGCAUUGAUGUGGGCACGUCGGGCGUGGGAGAAGUAAGAGAAGCUUGGGAGAGUCAGCGCAAGUCUUACACUUCUGACUUCUUUGAGCUCGAGCCCUGCACUGAAGAUAUAAGCUUGCAUCUGCAGGACAAAGAGAUUCAGGCUGAUGUCAUUUGCUGCUUGCACCAUUUGCAGCUUUGCUUUGAGACAGAGGACAAAGCGAAGAGACUGUUGCAUAAUGUUUCAUCUUUGCUGAAACCAGGAGGUUAUUUUUUCGGUAUUACUCCUGACUCAUCUACUAUAUGCCGUCUGUGCAGGGCAAAGUACCAGAAAAAUGUAGAAGCAUACCACAACAAGAGCAGUGGAAUGAAGCCCAACAUUGUCCCUAACUGUAUCAGAUCAGAAAGCUAUAUGAUCACUUUUGAAGUCGAGGAAGAGAAGUUCCCAUUCUUUGGAAAAAAGUACCAGUUGAAGUUUGCAAAUGAAAUUUCUGCUGAAACCCAUUGCCUGGUUCAUUUUCCAAGCUUGAUUAGGUUGGCUAGAGAGGCUGGUCUUGAGUAUGUGGAGAUUCAAAACUUGACUGAUUUUUAUGAUGAUAACCGUGCCCAAUUUGCAGGCAUGCUGCAAGACUCAGGUCAUAAUUUUGUUGAUCCCCGGGGAAGACUUCUUCCCAGAUCAUAUGAUGUUUUAGGUCUAUUCACCACUUUCAUAUUUCAAAAGCCUGAUCCUGAUAUUGGUCCCCCUCUUAUGACCCCUGUAUUGGAAGAUGGGAGUCACAAUAAUGAUGAGGGAGAUUGGCUUGGAAAUGGUUGGGGAGACGAUGACAAGAGUGUGCAGACUGAAACCUCCCAGGGAUUAGGCAAGAUAACUGAGCAGAAAGGAAUUCUAGGUCCUGGUCCAGCAGAGUUGCGCUUUGCUGAAGCCAUUUGAGCCAAUUUUAAUUGGAAAAGGUGCAGGUAUUACACUUUCAACACAAGUUUGUAGUUGGCUGUUAAGAACUGGUAAGAGGAAGUAUGAUGACUGAAAAACUUGCAUUGAUGUUUCACUUGGCCUAUCCGGAUCGUACAAAAUGAGAUGCUUUGCUGAGUUGUGCUGAGUGAAGUAGAUUUGUGAAGGAGUGCAAGCAACUAAUCACAUAUGAAUUUAGUUGUACGAUAGUCUUGUUUCUUCUCCGAAUGUCUUAUGUAAUAGAUGCAGAAUGCUUGCUCAUGGAUGGCUCAAAUAUAUUGCUGGUUUGAAGCUAUGUACAAGCUUCAUGACUAGAUAUUAGGUCAUGAUGGCUUGGACAAUUUUAAUCGUAUAGCAUUGCUGUAAGUUGCCCUGAAAACUAGUUUCUCUUUUUGACUUUAUGGUAUUGGCAUAAUUACUCCUCCGUGAUUAUGUCAUUCCUUAUGCUAAAAAUGCGCCUCGUAAUGCCGAUUGGUCCCUCCAGCUCAGGGGGAUAUCGAAGAAAUUACUACUAAUCAAGUCUGAAGUGCCACUUUCUACUGAUUUUGGCAAUGAUACCCAACACUGAGACUGUCAUGGUGCAUUACCCGGUUAAUUCCCAGGCGGCUGGAGUUGAGGUGGAGGAAUUGGCUCUGACCUUACCGUCAUCAAUGUCCAAGUCCAGCUCUUUUGGUUAUUUAAUUCCUAAUUUGCCGCCUGAGUCCAUCUUUCUUAGGCUAAAAGCUUAUUGUGAAUUUGUGAUGUGGGAUUCUGCAAGUUCUUCUGUUAGAGGCUAUGGACACAAGAAAUGCAGAGAGCUGCAAUGAUCCGUGAGAAAAUACACAUUGGGAGAAUAAUUUGAAGGAAGUAGAAGAAGAGGUUUUUGACGAAAAAGUGAGGAGGCAACUUGUAGUUGUACCUGUUUGACUUGAGGUCGAUGAUCGAUAUUGGUUGAUUGACAGGUGGAUUGAAAUUGUCUUCAGAUUGAAAUGGUGAAUCUUCUCAAUUAAAUGC